UCUGCUUUCUUAUUUUUGCUCGUGCAUGCGCACAGUACGCGUGAGGAGGAAUUGUGUGUGUGUGUGUGUGUGUGUGGAAUCGCUCGCACCUCUGCGUCAUUGCGCACCUCUGUAUCAUGGCGAGCGUUUCAGCGAGCGCGCGGUCUCCUCAGGUCCAAGAUGAAAACCCCUCAGGUCAUGAUGUGGUGAGCUUUAAGGCAGCAGACACGGUGGUCCAGCUGUGUGAGACCCGGAAGCCUAAACCCGAGUCAGAGAACCUGUCCUUCGGCACCGUGUUCACAGACCACAUGCUGCUCAUCGAGUGGAGCAGUGAAGGCGGCUGGGAAAAACCUAGGAUUCAGAAAUUUGGAAACCUGAGCCUUCAUCCUGCCUGCUCUGCCCUGCAUUACGCUGUGCAGCUGUUCGAGGGCAUGAAGGCGUAUCGGGGGCAGGAUGACCGAGUGCGUCUCUUCCGGCCCAUGCUGAACAUGGAGCGUAUGCUAAAGUCUGCACACAGAGCCUGUCUACCUACUUUUGAUGGUGCUGAGUUGCUGGAGUGUAUCAGGAAACUGGUGGAGGUGGAUCAGGACUGGGUUCCUCACUCCGACUCGGCAAGUCUCUACAUCCGCCCCACUUUCCUGGGCACAGAGUCUUCAUUAGGUGUGAAGAAACCCUCCCGUGCUUUACUGUUUGUGAUCCUCAGCCCCGUCGGCUCUUACUUCAGCACAGGAAACAGGUCUGUGAGUCUGUGGGCCGACUCCAAAUACAUCAGGGCCUGGAAAGGAGGGACGGGAGACUGCAAAAUGGGAGGAAAUUACGGAGCUUCUAUCUUCGCUCAGAAGGAAGCCAUGGACUUGAACUGUCAGCAGGUUCUGUGGCUGUACGGAGAUGAUCACCAGAUCACCGAAGUCGGAACAAUGAAUCUCUUUCUCUACUGGAUCAACGAGGAUGGAGAGGAAGAGCUUGCCACGCCUCCUCUGGAUGGGAUCAUUUUACCUGGAAUCACACGCCAAAGCAUCCUGGAGCUCACACGUGAAUGGGGUAAGUUUAAAGUGUCGGAGCGGCACCUGACCAUGGCGGCCCUGCGUCUGGCUCUGCAGGAGAAGCGUGUGAAGGAGAUGUUCGGCUCGGGUACGGCGUGUGUGGUGAGCCGUGUGGGCAAAGUGCUGUACCAGGACGAGAACCUGCAGAUCCCCUGUGAGGACCAGGAAAACUCACUAGUCUCUCGACUGCUGAAGGAGCUAACAGACAUCCAGUAUGGGCGGACUGAGAGUGACUGGACCAUCCUUGUGUAGACGACCAGCGAAUGAACAAUUCACACACACGCACACACAGUGUGUGAACGCACAACACACACACACUUAAUAGUUUUUAGUAUUCCAAAAUAAUUGCACUGUAUGUGUAAUUUCCAGUAUUUGCAGUACUGUGGACCUAAAUGUACACACACACACACACACACACACACACACCAGCUCCACAGCGACAGUCUUUAUCUUCUUAAAGUGGGUGUAUUAUAAUGCAGUUUACUGCAACAGAUUUAAGCCUUAAGGCCAUUUCACUUUGGAGGUGUUUCAUGAAGCGUCACAUCAAGACUUCCUUCAGCUCCGUUUUAAAAAGAAAUUCACUUCACACACCAGCCACUAUAGAGGUGUGUUAUCCUAUACGUCUUAAUUUCUCUUAAUAACUAAUUGAAUUGCAAUAAAGUAAAGAAAAAUCCCUGAGAUUUCAUUUAUGACCCAUCGUUCUGUCCAGGGAAUACCUUCAUAUGUGUCUGUUAUGUCGCUUAGCAACCAAUGCAGAUAACUGAUGACAUUGUGUAGUGAAGGAAUUGUUUAUUGUGACAUUAUUCAUUAUACAUGGUUAUUUAUUGAAGACUAGAUGUUGUUUAAGCUGUAAUCCAUUUGAGGAUAAGUUUUGUAGCUGUUAUAUUAUGGCGUACAGGUGUAGACCAGACAAAAUAAACAUAAGCACAUGGGUUGUUUACAGUCCAACUGUUUACGGUCUCAGGUCCUAGUUUAUAUGUGAACGGGUUUAAAAUUGCUGCUGGCAGAUGUGUAGUGUGAGGGGGAGGGGGGGUGUGUCUGAGAGGGAGUGGUUUUGCGGGGCAUGUCUGAGAGGGAGUGGUUUUGCGGGGCAUGUCUGAGAGGGAGUGGUUUUUGGUGGGGCGUGUCUGAGAGAGUGUUUUUUUUUGGGGGGGGCCUGUCUGAGAGGGAGUGUUUUUUUGAAGGGGGCGUGUCUGAGAGAGUGGUUUUGGGGGGCGUAUUUGAGAGAAUGUUUUUGUGAGAGGGCGUGUCUGAGAGAGUGUUUUUGAGAGGGGACGUGUCUGAGAGUGUUUUUGAGAGGGGACGUGUCUGAGAGUGGUUUUGAGAGGGGGCGUGUCUGAGAGAGUGUUUUUGAGAGGGGGCGUGUCUGAGAGUGUUUUUGAGAGGGGGCGUGUCUGAGAGUGGUUUUGAGGGGGGCGUGUCUGAGAGAGUGUUUUUUAGAGGGGGCGUGUCUGAGAGUGGUUUUGAGAGGGGCGUGUCUGAGAGAGUGUUUUUGAGAGGGGACGUGUCUGAGAGUGUUUUUGCGAGGGGGCGUGUCUGAGAGUGGUUUUGAGGGGGGCGUGUCUGAGAGAGUGUUUUUUAGAGGGGGCGUGACUGAGAGUGGUUUUGAGAGGGGGUGUGUCUGAGAGUGGUUUUGAGAGGGGGUGUGUCUGAGAGAGUGUUUUUGAGAGGGGGCGUGUUUGAGAGAGUGUUUUUGAGAGGGGUCGUGUUAGAGAGAGUGUUUUUGAGAGGGGGCGUGUCUGAGAGUGGUUUUGAGGGGGGCGUGUCUGAGAGAGUGUUUUUUAGAGGGGGCGUGACUGAGAGUGGUUUUGAGAGGGGGUGUGUCUGAGAGUGGUUUUGAGAGGGGGUGUGUCUGAGAGAGUGUUUUUGAGAGGGGGCGUGUUUGAGAGAGUGUUUUUGAGAGGGGUCGUGUUAGAGAGAGUGUUUUUGAGAGGGGGCGUGUCUGAGAGGGAGUGGUUUUGAGAGGGGACGUGUCUGAGAGAGUGUUUUUGAGAGGGGGCGUGUUUGAGAGAGUGUUUUUGAGAGGGGGCGUGUUUGAGAGAGUGUUUUUGAGAGGGGUCGUGUUAGAGAGAGUGUUUUUGAGAGGGGGCGUGUCUGAGAGGGAGUGGUUUUGAGAGGGGACGUGUCUGAGAGAGUGUUUUUGAGAGGGGGUGUGUUUGAGAGAGUGUUUUUGAGAGGGGGUGUGUUUGAGAGAGUGUUUUUGAGAGGGGGCGCGUUUGAGAGAGUGUUUUUGAGAGGGGGCGUGUCCGAGAGGGAGUGGUUUUGAGAGUGGGCGUGUCUGAGAGAGAGUGGUUUUGAGAGUUGAGCACAGUUUGUACAGAAACAGCACUGAGACGUGUCUAGUGUGGAUGGACCGAGGUCUUGACUUGUCAGCUACGUGACACAACCAGUAAAAGAUUUGUGUUUAAAUGUUUGCACACCCUUAGGAGAAAUAAACAGAUGUUACUUCAAAAGCACAAGAUUAUUUAAGAUAUAUAAGAAAAAAAAGAAUUCAAUGUGUUACAAAUAUACAUGAUUAUAUUCCUCUUAAUCAUCUGUAAUAACAGUAGUGCCUUCCAGUCAAUAUUAUAGUUCAGCGCACAAGUUUGCACACCCUUAGAACAAAAUAACACAUAUUCUGUCAUAGCCACAAGUAACAAAUUGUUCAGAUGUUGUUGGUUCAUAUCAGUGAUGUUAAAUACAUAAAAUGUAUUUAUGAUGAUGUGUAUUUCAAAAGUUUGUGCACUUCUAGAAUAAAGCAAGAAGGUGUUCCUUCCUCACGUUUGGGGUUGUAAAUCGGUGGUAUGUUUUAAUCUUUUCCAUUCUGAAUCUAUGGGGGCACAAACUUUGGCACUCGUCAAAAUCAUAGUCGAAUAUUAUGCAAUAAUCAUGAUACUUUUUAUUUAUGAUUUUUUUAUGAUAGCAAUAAUGAUUUUAUAAUAUGUGCUUGUUCGGUAUUUGUGAGAAAACAUUAUGCUGAAGGAAAUAAUAAAGUGUGUACGCCACACACACACACACACACACACACACACACACACACACAGACAC